AUGCUCUUCUCAUCAGUUCUCGCUCUUGCCGUCGCGCUACUCGGCCCGGCGCCCGCGGAUGCGUUCGAUAUUAUAAAGGGCGACUGCUACGAUUCUCUAGACGGAUUCGUCCAUGGCUUCAACGAACAGUGGCAGGCGGCGUCGGCAUGCUCGACUCAUUGCGUGCCGUUGGGAAAGCCGGUGAUGGCGAUUAACGGCUCCGAUUGUUGGUGCGCCGAUACGUUACCCGCGAAGAAGCACAAGGUGGACAUCUCGAAGUGCUCAAUGGUGUGCCCCGGCUAUGGCCAAGAUAUGUGCGGUUCAGAAGAUGGGAAUUAUUUCUCCACAUGGAACGAUGGCCUUGAUAAGACUAUCAAGAAUGCAGAUUCAGUGGCUGAUAGUUCUCCUUCAUCUAAAACAUCACAGCCAGCCGAGACCACGGCAAACAGCCCCUCUGUGGUUACAAAUUUCGUCGGAGGCCAAACUGUCAUAGUGACCCAAUCACCCGCAGCCAGUAAAGACACCGGCAGCUCAGGCCCAAACGUAGCCGGCAUCGCCGCAGGCGUCGUUGUCGGCGUAGUCGUCAUCGCCGCAGCGAUCGGAGGGAUGUGGUUCUACCUGCGUGCCAGGAAUCGUCGCGAGCUGGAGGACGCACACAGGCGCCAGGCGGCCAUCAACGCCUUCGUCAAGUCACCGAGUGACGCGCCCGCAUUCGACACCAGACUCGAGCCAGCUAUCAUGCGUAGGAUGAGCGCCGGCAGCAUCGCGGAUAACCAGGACUACUCGAGGAGAAUCCUCAAGGUCACGAACGCAUAA